UACGAGCCGAUUCGCCAGCCGGACUGUCAUCCUUCGCUCUCACUCCCACUGAUCUUUCUGAUUUUACAUAGCCGGCCAACGCAAUGGCGCAAAUGCGAGGACCGGGUAGCUACGGCAUCGGGGCACCGAACCCCUUCGGAGGACCGGUCGAGGACAAGACGGAGCAGAGCCCUCUCGACGCAAUCCGGCAGCAGACGAGCAAGAUCGAGGACUUGAUGGACACCGUGAGCGAGCCGAUCAAGCCCUACCUCCCGGCGAUCGGCCGCUUUCUGAUCGUCGUGACCUUCAUCGAGGACGCGCUCAGGAUAAUAACACAAUGGAAUGACCAGCUUCUCUAUCUGCAUGACUACCGCCGCAUCCCCUCAGGUUUGACCCACCUCUUCCUGAUCGCCAACGUGAUCGCCAUGGCGACGUGCUCGACCCUGGUCAUCGUGCGCAAGCACUCCGAGUUCGCGGUGGGCGGCCUGAUCGGCGUGGUCAUCACGCAGGCGCUCGGCUACGGCCUGAUCUUCGACCUCAACUUCUUCCUGCGCAACCUGUCCGUCAUGGGCGGCCUGCUGAUGGUGCUCUCGGACUCGUGGGUGCGCAAGACCAAGGCCUUCGCGGGGCUCCCACAGCUCGAGGAGAAGGACCGCAAGAUGUACUUCCAGCUGGCCGGCCGCGUCCUGCUCAUCUUCCUCUUCAUCGGCUUCGUCUUCAGCGGCGAGUGGUCCAUCUGGCGCGUCAUUGUCUCCUUGCUCGGCCUGGUAGCCUGCGUCAUGGUUGUGGUGGGCUUCAAGGCCAAGUUCAGCGCCACGCUCCUGGUUGUCAUCCUGAGCAUCUUCAAUGUGCUGGUGAACAACUUCUGGACUCUUCAUGAGCACCACCCCCACAAGGACUUCGCCAAGUACGACUUCUUCCAGAUUCUCUCCAUUGUUGGCGGUCUGCUCCUGCUGGUCAACAGCGGCCCGGGCCAGCUCAGCGUCGACGAGAAGAAGAAGGUCUACUAAAGGCUUGCGCCCCGCGUGGGAUGGGUACCGCGGAUUUGUUCCAAGGUAUACAAGAAGGGAAAUAAAGCAAGACAUGCUCUGGCUUAAGAUUGGAGGAUGGGCC